AUGGCCCUCGGAGGUGGUGCUGUUCUGCUACAGAAUUCGCUUUUCAACGUCGAUGGUGGUCACCGAGCAAUCAAGUACCGUCGAGUAAGCGGUGUCGGCAAGGAGAUCUAUAAUGAAGGAACACAUUUCAGAAUUCCUUGGUUCGAGACACAGGUCGACUACGAUGUCCGCGCGAAGCCGAGGAACGUGUCGUCUCUUACCGGCACCAAGGAUUUGCAGAUGGUCAACAUAACGUGCCGUGUGCUGUCCAGACCCGAGAUUGCGGCGCUGCCGCAGAUCUACAGGACACUGGGCCAAGACUACGACGAGCGCGUUCUGCCGUCCAUUGUGAACGAGGUUUUGAAGAGCGUGGUUGCACAGUUCAAUGCCAGUCAGUUGAUCACACAACGUGAAAUGGUGGCCAAGUUGGUUCGGGACAACUUGUCGAGGCGAGCUGCCAGAUUCAACAUCCUGUUGGAUGAUGUCUCCCUCACACAUCUCGCAUUCUCCCCUGAGUUCACAGCAGCCGUCGAGGCUAAGCAAGUCGCCCAGCAAGAGGCACAGCGCGCGGCCUUCGUCGUCGACAAAGCGCGGCAAGAGAAGCAGGCCAUGGUGGUCAAGGCACAGGGCGAGGCUCGUUCUGCAGAGCUUAUUGGAGAAGCCAUCAAGAAGAACAAGGCAUACGUUGAGCUGAAGAAAAUCGAGAACGCACGUGCCAUCGCAACCUCGCUCCAGGAAGCUGGCAGGAACAGGCUGUUGCUCGACUCGGAGGGUCUAGGCUUGAAUGUGUUUGGUGACUCACCAAGUCAGAAGUAG